AUGGAUUCAUAUCUAGAAGGUAUGUCACAAAGUACAAAGUAUUUAAAGCACAAAGAUACUAGGAAAGAGUAUAGAAGAAGUGCAAAGGGUGACAGGUCAUCGAAGAACAUUCAGUGCUUCGAGUGCAAAGGCUUUGGGCAUGUACGUUUUGAAUGUACAAAUCUGGUGAAGAAGAAGAGGAAGGCGUUGACCAGCAUUAAGAGUGGUUCAGACAGUGAUUCAGAUGAUGAAUUGGCGUUGAAGAAUUUUGUAGCAUUCACAACGUUUGUCUCACCAGAAUCUGCAACAGGACAUGUAAAAAAGUCCAACGAUGGAAGUGCUAGUGAUGUUGAGAGUUUUAGUGAUGAAGAAUUGGCUAAGAACUACGAGACGCUAUAUGAACACUUGCUCAAACGGGUUGAAGAAAAUUCGUUGUUGACUAAGGAGAAGGUCAACUUAGAAGCUCAAGUUGCUGAAGCACAGAAGUAUGCAGUUCAGAAAGAAGUUGAAGCAACUCAAGCUAGAGUUCAGCUGGAAGAGACACAAAAGCAAUUGAGGAUGCUUAACAAUAGUACAAAUCAGCUGAAUCAUUUUUUGAAUAUUGGUAAAAGUCCUAUGGAGCGACAUGGUCUUGGAUUUAAUGGAGAAUCUUCAAACAAUGAAACUAUUUUUGUGUCUAGGGAAAGAAGAGAGACUGCAAUUACGUCUGCUACAGAUCCGAAGCCCAAAGUUACUACAUGGCCUGCUACUACUAUGAAGACUGCGACUGCUUCAGAAAAAACUGCAGAAAUUCAGAGUGCACCUAGAAGAGUUUUUCGACAUGUUUGUCAUCAUUGUGGAGUUGCUGAGCAUAUUAGGCCAAGAUGUUAUAAGUUAUUGAGGGAGAAUCAUCGAAGGAAACAAGCUUAUUAUGGGAGAUUUCGUGGUCCCACAUGUUAUCGUUGUGGAAUUCAAGGACAUGUUCAACGUUAUUGUUUCAUAAAUAUUCAAAGGUUUUGUGAUGAAGGUCCAAGGUUCAAGAACGUGUGGGUUAGGAAAGAUGAUCUCUAUCGAGAUGGUGUGAUGGGCUAUCAACUUCAUCGUUUUGAACGGGGAAGAUCUUGGAAUUAG